AUGGCGACCAGGAUAUCAUCCGUGCUCAUUGAUUGCCUCAAACUUUUCAAAGGUCUAAUUUCUCACCCCGAGCUAAAAUCCUACGCUGGUGAGGUCCCUCCAAGUCUGUGGGCCGAUGAACUAGGACGGCUACGGGUCUGGGCCGCAAACAUCGGCGCUCAUCAAACAGGGCAAACAUCCCUCGAUUAUCGACUUCGAGACGCUUCACAUAUCACGGAACAGACUAUCAAGCUCCUGGAACGGCUCCGGCGCACUCUUCAAGAUGCGGAUGAGUACUUGGCUGGAACCGACGCGGAGGAUACAGAAGAUUUAUCAGUGGACGGUGACGAGGGGACCGAGUUGCAGCAGAUUCAUCAGGGUCUCGUCAACACAAUUGAUUGUCUCUUCCAAUUGAGCAUGAUCAUCCGACGACCGGCUCAACAUGAUAGGCUCCUCGGAAUCAACAAGCUGGACGCGACAAUAUUUGAAACAUUCGAUCAGCAACAUGUGGCCCACAAGUACCCUCAUGCCGGCGGCCUUCUUAUCAAUCGGUUGGGGGUCGCCAUAUCACGACGGAGAGCUGCACUCAAGUAUCGUGAAAGACAUCACGCAAAGCUCGGAAAGGGUAUUGAUCGUGCGGCGUUAGACGAAAGAAGCGAGCAUCAUGAUGCUGCUUCUACCCUCCUGUCUGGGACAUUCGCUACCGAUUUCGUGGAACCGCAUAUUGAGUUCGAGGAAACUUCCUCAACCUCUGGAGCGUCUCAGACGUCUUAUGCAUCAAGCCUCUGGGAGAGCGAAGAUAGGAUUACCUUUCCUCGUCCACCAAAGGAAUCGGCUAAUGGGAAACCGUUCGAAUGCCCAUAUUGCUUCUUUAUCUUAAAGAUUUCGAAUAGGAAAUCGUGGAUUGAACAUGUGUUCAAGGAUUUGAUGCCUUAUGUCUGCGUUUUCGAGGAUUGCUCAACCCCAAGCCGACUGUACGAGAGUCGGCGAGAAUGGUUUCAGCACCUCAAGUCGAGACACCUUCCAGUAUGUGCUCCCAGCGAUGAGCGGGACUGUCCAUUGAAAUGUGGUGCUACACUGCCGCCUAUGUCGCUUGAAUCGCACCUUGGUCGCCAUAUGGUGGAACUAGCACUGUUUGCUCUUCCCAGAGCUGAAGAGGGCAGCGAAGAAGACUCAGCUCCACCUGAGAUAUCCCUUGUGGACGAUUUGGAUAAAGUGAGCCAUACCUCGUCCGACGAAGAACAAGUCACUCCGCCAUGGAGGUCUGGGGAGCACUUCAAAGAUGACCGAAGGCAGGGGUUCUCGAAGGGUAAAGACUUGGAGGAUCGUCUUUUGGAUAUCUCACAGGAUGAGAACUCAGAAGAGGAAAUUGCUGAAUCAGAAUUUGGCGAGACGGGUUACGGCACUGAAAAUCUCGACAACGUUCUAUCAGUCCAAGGAAGAAAGGGCGACUCCGCAUUUGAAUACAGCGAAGAUGAGCCUCAACAAAUUUCAUUUUCAAUGGAUUCAGGAGGGUCGGAUCUGGACCAGGACCCUUACCGAGAACACACCAGCAAGCUAUCCGAAACGUCGCAAGGAAAGUGGUCGCGAGAGACGAGAACGGGUAGCUAUUUGCCAUUUGACACUUUCGACCCUGAUGCUAUGGACUCCCUGGGUGAACCAAUUAAGAGCGGUCAAGAAAAUAAGGUCAUGUCAAAACCUCAAUCAAGCUUCGCAUCUGUGGCUCCUGUCCCUCAGAAUCCAGUCAAAGACCAGGUGGAUGAAUCCACAUCUCCCGAUACUAGCGCCAAAGCCUCUGGCCAAAGCCUUUUAUCUACUCUGUCAUCGCGUGCCCGUGGCGCUAUGGGCGGGAUAGCUUCUUGGGCCGAGGUGGUGUUCGAUAAGGCCACGAAACGCAAUUUUAUACAAGAAAGCAUGAAACCGAUGGAGACCAACCCUACUGACGCGACCUUCGAAGAACAACGCUCAGCAAAGCCAGCUAGUCCAAGACCGGAGCUGGAGUUCCCUGUGAGCUCGUCAUCCCGGACCCUUCCCGAGCAGCAACUGUCUGGGAAUACUAUAUAUCCCCCCGAUUCCAGUCUCAGCAACUCAAAUUUCCAAGCCAGCUCCGAAGCCCGAAACUCUUCAAUUAUUAUCGACGAAGAAGAAAGCGGUACAAUAAGUUUCCCGAGGGUGACCUCUCGCGCAGCAGCCGAGGACAAAAUUCAUAGCAUACAUGACGGACGAAAGUCAGCGACGGUGGUAUACUACCCGAGCCGAGAAUCGUAUACAGCACAUCCGAAAGGCAUCCGUAGGCAAGAAGCUCGCAUCGUUGACUUUGCAGCGGAGCCUAUGUACUGUCGAGACCCAAGAGAUGACGAGCUGGGUGUUAUGGAACACUUCGCCAAACACGCGGCAAAAUGCGAGUACUGUCAUGAUCCCUAUGAGGCCUACAGACAAGAUCGGCCACUUUGCAGCAAGGGAUUAUCAUAUGCAAAAGAUGUUGCUGUCUACCUUUAUGCUAAAAAUGGAAAGGCAUUUUCCCGCAUCGACAGGGCAAAUGGCGAACGUGUUCAAGUUCAGAUCCCCGCGGAUUGUGGGGUUGUCGGUUUAUUGAUCAAAGCCUUUGAUAGGGGUAUGAAGCUUGACAGAACAAGGGUCCCGGUUAACGAACGACGUCGAGAAAGAAUAUAUGAUGGACCUCCAGAAAAGGAAGAUCUACAACGACGUCGGGAAAGGAGAGAGUUAAGUGACGACUAUGAUGUCGUGGAGAUCAUCCCACACUCCAGUCGGCAUCGUAGACUCGAAACGGAUUAUCGAUUCUGA